GGAGCAGUUCACUCAGAGGCAAGAAGAAGAGACUGCACACGCUGGUGAGAGGUUCUAGAGUCUAUUCCCUUCUGGUUGGAGAUUGCAGAGUGCUCUGUUGCCCCAGUUGCAAUGGAGGACAGUGACCAUGAGGCCCACUCUUCAUCAGACGAGCAGGACUGCUGCCCUGCCACCCCUGAUCAUAACAGGGACCAUACCGGUGAACAGCACUCAAGCCUGUCAGACGACUCAGAGGUAGAGAACAUUAUGCAAGACCCUCACCACCAGGGAGGGCACAGUCACCAUCAUCAUCACCAUGAACACCACCAUGACUACCAUGACCACCAGGGUAUAGAGCCUCAUGAUGCAGAUGGGGAAGCUGUGGGUGAAGAUCGUCCCCACACCCCGUCCUAUUUGCAGCCCCCUGUGGCGAGUAGUGCACAGUCUGACUCAGGCCCAGACCCCAGUUUGCCGCAGAGCAGGAGUUUGGAGUUUGACGUGUCGUCCCUCGUCUGUCCUCCCAGGCCCAAGAGCCCCUGGGGUCGAUUCGAUCCUUAUGAAAAUAACGAGGACCAGGACAAGGAAUAUGUUGGUUUUGCAACAUUGCCAAACCAGGUGCAUCGCAAGUCGGUUAAGAAGGGAUUUGACUUCACACUCAUGGUGGCAGGGGAGUCUGGUCUGGGAAAGUCCACUCUGGUCAACAGUCUGUUUCUCACAGAUCUUUACAAAGAUAGGAAGCUGCUUAACGCUGAAGAGCGAAUCACACAAACAGUAGAAAUCACCAAACACACAGUGGACAUAGAGGAGAAAGGUGUCAAAUUGAAGCUCACCAUCGUGGACACGCCUGGGUUCGGAGAUGCUGUCAACAACACUGAAUGCUGGAAGUCAGUCGCCGACUACAUUGACCAGCAGUUCGAGCAGUACUUCAGGGACGAGAGCGGCCUCAACCGCAAGAACAUCCAGGACAACCGCGUACACUGCUGCCUCUAUUUCAUCUCACCCUUUGGUCACGGCCUUCGACCUUUGGACGUGGAGUUUAUGAAAGCUCUGCACGAGAAGGUCAACAUCGUCCCCGUUUUGGCCAAAGCCGACACGCUCACCCCGAAUGAAGUCAAGAAAAAGAAAAUCAAGAUCAGAGAGGAGAUCGAGCAGUACGGCAUCAAGAUAUACCAGUUCCCUGACUGUGACUCUGACGAGGACGAGGAGUUUAAGCAGCAGGACCUGGAGCUAAAGGAGAGUAUUCCCUUUGCAGUGAUCGGCAGCAACACAGUGGUGGAGGCCAAAGGGAAGAGGGUGCGUGGUCGUUUAUACCCCUGGGGCAUCGUUGAAGUAGAGAACUCGGCACACUGUGACUUCGUGAAGCUGAGGAACAUGCUCGUUCGCUCGCACAUGCAAGACCUCAAGGACGUGACCCGAGAGACCCACUACGAGAACUACAGGGCCCAGUGCAUCCAGAGCAUGACCCGCAUGGUCGUGAAGGAACGGAACCGCAAUAAAUUAACCAGGGAGAGCGGUACAGACUUCCCCCUCUCUGCGGUGACCGGAGGGACAGACAGCGAGACGGAAAAGCUCAUCCGGGAGAAAGACGACGAGCUGAGGCGGAUGCAGGAGAUGCUGCAGAGGAUCCAGGAUCAAAUGCAGACUCAAAAAGAUUCCUAUUGACACAGGACACCAGUCACACUCCGUACGUUUCACUCUUUCACUGGGAUUUAAAGAAGUAAAAAAACAAAGAAAGAAAGAAAAACAAACAAACCGGAAAGCUAAUUCCCCUCCGGAUCAUCGACCUUCCUUCAUCAGCGACCGCUCACACGUGGAUGACGCAGUGGUAAGACGGUCUGACAUCUGCAGCCUCACAACUCUCUUUGUCCUCAAUCUGUGACAUUAACGACUCCACUGCUGCAAAAACACUCCACUGUUUAUAUAAAAAAAAACAAAAAACAAAGACCAGGUCUGAUGUUUGUUUGAAUUUCUCAGUCUCAGUUAGAUCACAUAUCUGAACUUUAUGUAGCCACAUGAUUGCAGGGUUUUUGUUUUAUUCUUGUUUGGUUUUAUGAGGUUUACAUCAUCAUGUUCUGGUGACCUACUCAGAUUUUAUUAUCAGCACACUUUCUGGUGCAAGUGUUUAAUUUCUUCUUCUAGGUCAACGUUCAUAUACUGUUGUAAUUUAAUUUUCCAACCCAUAUUAAUAAUCCAUCAAUCUACAUACUGACUUUUAUUUAACGACACACUACAGCACUGCUCAACAUUGUAUGGAUGCCGUGUGGAUGAUUGUGGUCUGUGGGUUCAUUUGGUUUAAAACGUUGUGUGACGGUUGUUUCAUUUAAAGUUAGUGUUUAGCAGUGUCUGCAUGUUUUUGUUUUACGGCCGGCGCCACCGUCGCCGCCUCUGCUGCCUCACAGUACGGACGUUAACCAGGUGUGACAGUCCACCAUUUACUGAUGUACCGCAUUUAAAAUAAUUUUACAUUUUUUUAAAUGAUGUAGAAGUCAUUUUAUCCCCAAAAUACAGUGGUUUCACAGUAAAUUCUUCCCAUUUGCUGGUGAUGUGACCACAAACUCACGUCACUUAAUGGACUUUAUUGACAUGAGGUGAGUGACUAUGGGAAGGGGUUUCUGCAGAUUACUGUAGUGAUCACUCAGUUAUUUAUGGGCAAAGAAAACAUGUUCUGUUGAAGGAUAUACAGUAUUUGGCAAAAUGUGGAUUUAUUUUAAUAAUAAUUUGGUUGGUUGAAAUGAUGUGUUUACUUUAAGAAAAAACUGAAAUCUUAUAACCAAGGCCAGCAAUGAGAAAAUGAAGUGUUUGCUUUGUUUUGUUUUUAAUUGACGUGAACAAUAUUGUUUUGCUAAUAUUUAAUCAAAGCCGAGUGUAAUGAUCAGGAGUGCCGAAUCAAACUUGUCUUCUCAUAAUUUCUUGCACAAAAACUUUAAUUUUUUGGUAAUUGGUUGACUCUGCCAUGUCAUGUGACCUUUGUUUAAAAACACUACAUUCCUUGAGCUUCUAUCACAGUCGGUUGUUUUUUUGUGUGUUUUUGUAUUUUUUGGCUUUUGCUAUUCUACUUUUGAAAUAUUUAUGUGAUAACUUUAUAAGUGAAAAUGCAUAUGAAGAGGACAACAUGUACAAAUUCUAAUAUUGUAAUAAAAUAUGGUUAAAAUUG